UUGAAAGUCUUGAGUCUGACUACAGUCCGGGAGAGACCAUGUCCGCCGUCAUAGGCACACAGUACCCACCUCUACUCUCAUUUAAAACUAAUUCUCCAUGAAAUAACAGUAACGCGGGGCCUCAAGGAUGGCCAACUCGGGUGCUGUUCAGGUGAAACUAGAACUUGGUCAUCGUGCCCAGGUCAGAAAGAAACCUACUGUGGAAGGCUUCACCCAUGACUGGAUGGUGUUUGUCCGAGGACCGGAGCACAGCAACAUUCAGCACUUUGUGGAGAAAGUAGUCUUUCACCUGCACGAAAGCUUCCCUAAACCAAAAAGAGUGUGCAAGGAUCCUCCAUACAAAGUGGAGGAGUCUGGAUACGCAGGCUUCAUCUUGCCUAUUGAAGUUUACUUCAAAAAUAAGGAAGAACCGAAGAAGGUUCGCUUUGAUUACGACCUGUUCCUCCACCUGGAGGGCCACCCGCCUGUCAAUCAUCUCCGCUGUGAGAAGCUCACCUUCAACAACCCAACAGAAGAGUUCCGUAGGAAGCUAUUGAAAGCCGGAGGGCAACGGGAUCCUCACAAACGAAGUACAGAAGACUCAAAAGUGAUGGUAAUGCAGGAGGGCUCCACCUCCCUGUUCGGCCAGCACCUGAAGCUGCCUACACUUACCAAUAGCUCGCUGACGUCCACCUUCUCCGAGCCAAAGAAGGGCAAAAGCUUCCAGGGGUCAAAGGAUGGCUCCAAAGGAAGCGGUACAACCCUUCUCACCACCGCUACAACCACCAGCACUAACAGCAGCAGCUUCUCCAAACUUCACAAACCCUCCAAGGAUCACAAAGACAAGCUUCCGAAAGACUUGAAAGAGCCCAAAAGUGCCUUCAGAGACUCUGGCUGGGAAUCCAGCAAAGCCCCCAAAGAACCUUCCAGGAAACCCAAAGAGAACCAGCCCCUUCGAGAUAUCAAUCCUAAAAUGGGCUUCAAGGAACCCAAGUCUUUGUCUAAGGAGCAUCGGACUGAGUUAAUGAACCACGGAUCAGGGCUAAACAAGCGUCUCUCCACCCCUGAAGGUGAUGAUCACCUCACCAAAAAGCGUAAAAAGGGAUUGUUGGAUUCAUUAGGGAAGCAGACGUCUGGAUUAGACGCUCAACAUUUGGAUAAGAAACUCUUGAAGGAUAGAUCGCAGAUGCGAUCAAGUAAAUUGCGACCAGAAAGUGAGGAGGCAGAGCGCAGGAAGGUGUCUACACUUCCACCAUUCCAGGAUCUGGUGGACCCCAAUGACUCUGAUAUGGAGGACCAGUCAACCAAAUCAGAUUCUGAGCAACCCAGUCCAGCCAGUUCCAGCUCCAGUUCAGGCUUUGCUCCCACACACCACAAACGACAAGUGGUGGACUUCAUCAUCAGGAAAAGGGUGGCUCUUCCUGCCACCACCCACACAGUGCUGGGCCCGUUGCAGUCAGUCAUGCAGGAUUUGCACUCAGACGACAAUGAUGACGAUUCAGAGGACGACGACGACAAUGACAUGGACUCCGACGUGGAGCGACCACCACACACACAUCUCACACACCAUCAACGCAGGGUCAGUUUAAGUAAUGGCAGUGAAAGUGACAGCUCCUCACCCUCACCCCCAUCCCGCAAUGAAGCCCCACCCUUAUUAAAGACUACUAAUAACCAGAUACUGGAAGUGAAGAGUCCCACCAAGCAGAGCAAGCAGGACAAGAACAAAAGCCUAGACUGUGACAAGGCUUACCUGGACGAGCUGGUGGAACUGCACAAAAGACUGAUGACACUAAGAGAAGGUCAUAUACUGCAGCAGAUUGUGAACCUCAUUGAAGAGACUGGACACUUCCACAUCACAAACACUACUUUUGACUUCGACCUUUGCUCCUUGGACAGAAGUACAGUGAGAAAACUUCAGAGUUACCUGGAAACCUCUGGACUGUCUUGAGGCUCUGAGCAGCUGGCUGCUGGAUCUCUGUCUCCACACAGACCUUUUUGAUUUUUCUUGGAAUAAAACUCCAACUUUGGAUGCAAUGCGAAAGCCCCGCUGUGGCUGGGUCCAGUUGCUGCGUGUCCGGCCUGCUGGUUGGACUGGGCUCUCUGAAUGAAGAGGCGGUCCUGCUACAGAAGCCAGGUGUGGUGGGGAUGAGCCCUGUCGAUCAGGAGAUCACCCUGAAAGCCUUGAAAACUUGAUUUAUUGGAAAAAGAAAAGAAGGAAAAAAAAAAAAAAGUGGGGAUUGGCGACCUUGUUGCUCUUAAUGAAUGUGCAUAUUGUUACCAUGUAUGUUUCUUGAUUUGUUGUUCAUUGUGACAAAUGCAUGGUCAACAUUGCCUUACAACAUUGUAAGUCUUAUUUAUUGAAUUUAAUUUGCAGGUGUGUGUGCGUGUGUGUGUGUGUGCGUGUGUGUGUGUAUGAAAUGGCAAAAAAAACAACAACAAAAAAAAAAAAAACAGCAGAAUGAGACUUUGUUGAAGCACUUCACAACAGGCAUAUCUUUGAAUCUGCGUGACAGUUGAUCAUUACUACAACACUCAAUAUGUCACUGACUUGAACUGAAGAUGAAUGUCAUACUGAAUCAUUUCAAUGGGAACAAAACGCUGCCACAGCACGUAUGAAGGGGACAUGGAAGGAUUCAGAUUACGGUCCAUAACACAACACAUAACGUGUGCGACACUGUUGGAAAUAUUUUGUUUUAUGAAUCAUAUCUUGCAUUGUGCAAAAAACUACUUUCAGCAGCCUUGCAGAAACUCUCAAUCGUGCAAGGUCAGUUUCUUUUUCUUUUUUUUUUUUUUUUAUUACUUUAGAAUCCAGUGGAUGCCUUCCCAGUAGAUGAAGGGGAGUGGUUUGGAUGAUGGCAAACAAUGCUGUGAUGAAGCUUGACUCAAUCCAAACUCAGUCUUUUGAAAAAAAUAAUUAGGCUUUUUUUUUUAUUAUUAUUCUGAUUAGUUGAACAGUAGGGUGCUUCGAUCAGGAUCGUUGGGGCUGAUCGCAGACUGCUGGAAGCAGUAUUGUCUGACGCCCAUCACUGAUCAGAGUGUUGUUUCUUAACUUUAUUAUCAUCUAUAGCUAAUAGUUAUUAUUGGCAAAUGAGAAACACCAUUAAAGGUAAUAAAGGAAAGGAAAGACGCGCUGCAUCACAGUCGGCGUGUGGUUCAGUUGGACAUUUGCCAGAUUAUGAUCUGUUCCUCUUCCCUGUCCAGGACGAUAUGGCAUUUUAGCGGCACGAUUGCUCAUCAAUCGGAGCACCCUUACUUUCCAGUCGCUUAUAGACAAGUCUUAGUGCACUGACCCAAGCAAAUACCACAAGAUAAAGGCUGUUUGUGGGUUUCCUUUGUGAGAAAAUGGAACAAGGGUAUAAGGGUAAUGACAAGUUCUCGUUCCCAAAUUUGUCAAAUACAGCAGCUUGGUCGGUGGCCUUAAGCUUUCAAACUGAGACGAUCUAACGCCACCUCUAGUGCUUCGCUCUGUCUGUUCUUGCUCUUCAGAGUGUGAGAGUGGUAACCACCACGUCAGACUUGGAAGUGUAGGACUACUGACCAGGAUGGCAAUAACCGGUGUGGUGCUGUUGGGGAAGCUGUGCCUACAAACCACAGAUGUAUUUUAAGAGCCAGAAUCCAGUUGGAAUCUCAAAGCAUUACAACCCCAAAUGGUAGAUCAGCCUGGGAUAACGGUACACAUUUCAGACAUCGUCAUGGCAUUACACUCAGUUGUAUACCUGCUAUUCGUUCUCACACCGGGCCAAAGACUGCAUCUGAUUUUUGUGCUUAAAACAGCAAUUCUUACUACUAAAUGAGGCCUAAAAUAUUGCUGUUUGUCCAGCUUUCAGAAUCUUUAGGAAUCACAACACUACAUCAUUUCAUACAAGUGCAACAUCAUUUGGCAGUUUUUUUUUUUUCAUUCCCAUGUUUGGACACUGUACAAAGUAAGACACGAGUGGCACUGAUCACUAAGGUGAAUGUUCUCAUGAUAGAACCGAAGAUCAUUUUUUGUUUGUUUGUUUGUUUUUUUAACCAAAUCCAGGAAUAACGUGCUGCAACUUAAAGAGAGCUUUGUUUUGUCUGCUCGGUUUUUUUUUUGUUUUUUUUUUUUGCCACAGGGCCAGUGGACCAUGCCAAAAGCAUAGCUAAUAGUUUAGGACACUACUAAUGUUUGUCUACGGAAUAUGAUUUAAAGGAAGCGCAAUCUCUUUGCCGUCAACGGAAAAGGAUUUGUAGAACAGACCAAGCCCUGUAAAGAGGAAAAGGAGAGCAAACUCCCUUCAUUGAAGUCAGAGACGAGAGAUUUCACAGCUCUUGUGUUCUGCAUUUCUGCAAACGUGUGAAAUGUUUCUGGGUAAAUUUAACACAAAAAAAAAAAAAGUAAAGCCAACGGGAGUUUUGGCUGACAGGUACUGUUACGGGUGUAAGAAAAAAAAAAGAAAAAAAGAUUGUAUUUAUUUUGUGGGAAUUUGAGUUUUUGAAUUCAAAGCUCGGCAUUUGUUUUUUUUCUAAGGAGAGGACCUGUGUUGGAUCUUUUUGCCGGUCUGGCUAACUGAAGUUCGGCCUGGUGUUCAUUGUGUUCCUUUCCAAAUGACCUUAAAGGGUUUUUCUCACCCUCUGUUCUGUCUUAUGGUUUCUUGUGUAUUUUGAGGACAUACAAUAAAUAUUCUGUAUGAUGUACAGAUGAGUUGUUAAUUAA